AUGCCGAAGCGCAACCUAUCGAACAUUAGGCUAUACGGAUGUCUCGCCUACUGCCGCAUUCAGAAGCUCGCGCAAUCUGACAAGAUUCAUCCGCGCGCAGAGGUCGGCUUCCUGGUCUGUGUUGUGACUUCAAAUCCGAUCGAAGCUGCCGUCGCCAUUGGCACGAUGCUAGAGACCACAAGGCGCGAUGAUGAGGAUCAUGACCUCGCUGCCUAG